CUGCUCAUUGCCAAUCCAAUCUGACGGGUUCACGAGCCGCCUCUCAGUGUUCUAGGUCAUAACAAGGGUUACCUCUUUUAGGAUGUGGCGAGGUCAAAGCUGUACGUGCAUGCCGGGAAAGUAACCUUGUAGCUGUCGUUCAUGCUCAUUGCGUACAUAUAGGAGGCUAGGUCCACCUAUUCGAGCCCCUUCGCCCCUUGGGCAUAUUCAUGCAGCGGACUCGGGAAGCAGAUUCAUUCCAUGACAGCAGAAACGAUACCCAUCGAAAAUGGACAACAAGUCGGCGUUCUGGUGACUUCUUCAAUCUCCAUCCUAAUAGUCAUAGUCGCUGUGGGUCUGCGGAUCGUCGCCAAAAAGAUCGGAAACAGGAUUGAUUAUAGUGACUAUUGUAUUGUCGCCGCCGCACUAUGGAAUACUGCAAUGCACGCGUGCUGCAUCUCACUAGUCACAUAUGGCGGUUUUGGGUUCCACACAACAGAGAUCUACCAACGUUUUGGACCUGAGACGGCAACGUUCUUCUUCAAGGGGAUAAUGUCCUUUUCGAUACUGUGGAAUGCCACUGUGUGUUUCAGCAAACUAUCGAUUCUAUCAAUGUAUGCUGCACUUAUACCAAUGUCAUCUAUGUUGCAAUGGGCCCGUAUUCUCGGCGCUCUGGUGGUAACGUGGAACAUCGCCAACAUACUCGCUGCUUUCCUGAUAUGCCGACCGCUCUCAAAAAACUGGAACUUCGCAUUGCCGGGGACUUGCGGAAGUCAACCGUCUUUUUACUUCUCAAUGGGGAUCGUCAAUCUCAUCACAGAUGCUGUGAUCAUCGCAUUGCCCAUGCCAUAUCUGUACAAAUUACGAAUAGCCUGGCGCAGGAAGCUAGCUGUGAUGGCUUUACUCAGCAUUGGAGUUGGAACCUGGGCCAUCACCAUAUACCGACAAACAUUGCUACCCAAUCUAGACUUCACGGAUAUGACAUACGAAGGUGUGCUCGCGACAAUACUUUCUGGGCUCGAGCCUGCUGUCGCAAUCGUUCUGGCGUGCAUUCCGCUCAUGCGUCCUUUGUUCAGUAAAACAAGGAACACCGCCAACUCCAGCUUCUCCUACGGAAGUAGCACGCAUACCAGUCUUUUCUCGAAGAAAGGAGGCAAGGUACCUGAUCUCGAUCCGACUGCCACGUUCUCGGAACUGAUGGACGACAACGAUGCUUCUUCACAAAUCGAGCUACAGCCUAUCAAGACUUCGCAAAUAGUUCGUGUCUCAUCUGUAUGUAGUCAUCACAAGCAAGUACCAGCCAACUUAAAUCACGCCAUCACGGUCGAGACAAGGUGGGAAGUGAGAAGAGAAUGAUCUGGAGGCGCCUACAUGCGACGUUAGUAUUUCGUUUUGGAUUGUCAGCUUUGCUUUUG